AUGGCAGAAGAAAACGAAGUUGUUCAGCCUGGAAAUACUGAUGGAAAUAAAUUGUUUCAUUCCUCGCUUAGACGACCAGAUAAAUUUAAGAUUGGUGACGAUUUUGAUCUGUUUAUUAAGAAAUUGGAAUUGUAUUUUGAAGCUGUCGAGCUUGUGGAUGAGAAGAAACGAAGGUUUGCUUUGCUGUUUAAUCUCAACGAGGACGCUUUUUGCCUAGCAGAAUCAGUCGAGUUCAUUGAAGGAGCUGAUGCUUACAAGAAUUGGCUUAAGAAGCUGAAACUGUUGUUCGAAAGAAAUCAAACACCUACCGAGAAGAGAUAUAAUGGGGUGUGAGUCAGUCAAUUCUUAUACUGUGGCGUUAAGAGAAGCUGGUGCAAAAUGUGGGUUUAGAGGUGAUGAAUAUGCCAGUAGACUAGUCGACCAGUUUAUUCUUGGACUGAGAGAUCGUACAACUCAGAGUAAAUUAUUACAAGAACCUCCAAGUAAUUUGGAUGAUGCUUUAUUGAUUGCAAGAAGAUUCGAAGCUGCAAAUGCAACCAUGCAAAUUUUGGCUAUGCAAGGUCAGGGUACAGGCAAUAACAGUGUGAUCGGAGCUGUGAGUUCUAUGCGUAAAGUGGUUACAUGUUUUGCUUGCAAUGGAUUUGGACAUGUUGCAAAACAAUGCCCUACAUUAAGGAACAGUUUCAAACAAGACACUCAGUUGUCGCCAAAGUAUGUUAUCUCUGUCAAAAGCCUGGACAUAUAGCUCGUAACUGUUUUAUUUCCAAACCAGGACAAGGUGAUGUGCAAAACAGUCAAGGUAAGCAUGUCGCUAAUAGAAAGUCUCUAGUUUGCUAUCGUUGUGGCAAAGAAGGUCACAUUGCCACGUUUUAUCGGACUGUAUUGGACGAUACUAAGGAGGCUGUACAAAGCCAAGAUCAACGCUUGAACAACCAGCAAAACCGAACUUGCAUGCAAAACGAAACACAAUCUAAGAUAAGACUAUCAACAAUUUCCCCAGCAAGCAAAAGGAAAACCCUCAUGGUUGAAGCCUAG